CCCGCUUUUUCUCCCUUGCUCCGAAGCUUUGUGCGCUCUCUCUCUCUCUCUCUCUACCCUUUCCGAUGGCCGGAGAUCAGAGCUCUCCCUGGGCUCAACGCGGAGCUGCCUUCCCACAUCCGGCGCCCCAGCUGCUUCCUCACUGCCACUCAGCCAAGCCGUUUCACAGCUCCCCGCUGAUUUCAGGUGACGGCCCUGCUUUUCUGCCGCCAUGGGCAGCGGCUCCUGAUCCUUCCUUUCCCGGAGACCUCCCGCUGGAGCUGCCGACUGAACCACUUUAUGAUCUUCAGAAGAUCACCGGCGGCGGUCAGGGCUUUUAUCCUCGGGGGUUGGGGGAUUUUCAUCCUCCGGAGUUGGGAGUGAUUCCUUCCUCUUCCUCCUCUGCUCCCUACAACGGCCACAUGGCGAUUUCCAGUUUCGGACCCUCUGCUGCUCUGCCUCCUGAUGCGCCUUUUGGGGGCGGCACACUCCCGUCCGAACCCGCGGCAGGCCGUUUCGGCAACCCGCUGCUGAGCUCCAGCGCUGGCGGGGCUGCAGAUUUCUCUUUGUCGGGGUUCCAAGAGUUCCCCCGCUACUCCUCUGCUGUCCCGUUCGGCAGCACCCCGGCCAUCUCCAGCAACGGACCGACCGCACCACCGCCAGCUCCAUCAGGUUUUUGCCCAACAUCAGGACAGGAGCUUCCUUACUACUCCGCUGGGGAGCGCCUGAUCAACAACCCUCCAGCAAUUUCCGGCAACGGACCAACUGGGCCGGCCACGGCUGCUGUAGGAGCUUCACAGGCCGAACCCUCUGAGAUGAAAAACAUUGAUUUGUCGCUGAUCUGGACUCCCGAGGAACAGCGCCAAUUGAUUGAGCUCUGCAAGAUGUAUGGCCACAUCGAGUGUCCUGUCAGUCGUUUGGCUAAGAUAGCAAGGCCGUUUCCCGGGAAGACGAUGAGGGACGUGGCCCUGAGAAUCAGAUGGAUGGAAGAGAAAAGGAAUCAAAGGACAAAGGCUGUAAAUUCGUCCAGAUUACACCGAGGCAUGAAGGUAACAGUAAGAUCCAGAGAUCAUUUACACUUGAGCUCUCAACCUGGCGUCCCAUAUUGAUUGUAGGGCUUGAUGAUGUUCCAAUCUCGAAACCGAGCUUGAAAUAUGGGAUACAUCCAAUGAGGUCGACCAGAUUGUCUUUUUUGGCACCCGACUCUUUAGAUAAAACAGUUCUGUUUCUUUUUCCUUGUAUAAUAUAAUUGGACCUGUCGGAACAGUCCAUUUCUACAGGCAGUCUCGGAUUUUAUUAAGUCAGUGUUUGUAAAUAGUAUGGAUUUCUUAGACUUGGAAUUCGAGGCUUUUUGUUAUCUUACCCUGCCGAUCUGCAUGCCUUCUCUGCAGUCUAUGGUGUCUUGACAGCAUCGUCGAGAUGACAAAACAUUCCUUUCUUAGUAAUAGUCCAUUUGUUGGUGAACUUUAUGUUGUAAAAAAUGGUUCUUUCCAAAUUGACAGUUGUGUUUGUGCUA